CAUUCUCUCCAUGAACGGGGCUGUAAGGAUCUCCUCAUCUGGUGUGGCGAAUUGAGAGAAAAUAGAAAACUUACAGUUUUAACACCCGCCACUCCCUUUAUUCCCAAGAACUGCAAACGUUUUUCACUUUGUUCAGGAAGACGUGCCAGGACAGCUGGUUUUCCUCAUAUGGCUUUCAUCCUCUCACAUAACAGUUCUGAGGAAUUCUGCAACAUCCUUAUCUGUAACACGCUCCUAUCUUGAUCUGUAUACCAUUGAAUUUAGUCCUGUCAGCCCUAGUUUCUCAAUCUCAAGCUCUUUGUAGCAAGAACAGGCCUUGAAGUUAGAUAUGAAGCACGUGUUUGCAGUCUGUUGCAUCACUUGUUAUCUGUGAGGAGGUCAAUAAGCAGAGUUUCAAGAAAAGCAUAAAUGGUACUGCUUAUUGAAUGUUUAUCUUGAUUGUCUGAAUGCAACUAACUACAGGUUUGAUAGGAAAGGAACAGAAUUAACUAACUUUCAGCACUUACCUGAGCCUAGGACUAAAUUUUUUCCCCUUCUGAAUUUUGUCUCUGCACCUUUCUGGUCAGGCAGAAGUAAGUACAGUCACUGCAUGUAAAACAAAAUCUGUUCCUCUUUCCUACCUGGAAGGAUAUUGAGACAAUAUGAUUUCAAGUAGAACGGGACCUGCACUAAGGAAAUUACUGAACGCUUUAUUCUGAUCUGAAAUGUGUUGGGAAAUGCUGGGUGUGGCUUUGAUGCAUUUCCUGAGCAUAUGGACUAGUCACCUGCAUGUGGGUGGAGAGGCAAGAGGUUCUAGUUUCAGCACUAACCAACUGUCUUAAGGUAUGGAUGGCUGGAGAUUGUCCUGUACUUUUCUUACUGACAUGCAGCCUUUAUACACAUAAGAUUUUAAUGUGCUCUUUAUAUUUGCUGUUAAUAUCGUUAGUGCUUUACAUGGCUUUUUGCCCCUGUUCUCAGCAUUUCUCUCCUCCUCCAGUUCCGCAGUGGUAGGUUCCAUAUGUUAAAAGUCAUGUGAUGCCAUGACACAUGUGUAUGUGUAUAUAUACGAGGUGCCUGGUGACUCUUCUCAGACUGCUCUGGACUUCCCUCCUCAGAACCAGCCAUCAUUUCGGAGAAGUUACCUACCACUAUGAUGCCUGGGGGCUUAUCUGAAACUAAGCCUGCUACUGCAGAAACCCAGCAUAUUGUUGACCAGGUGAAGCCACAAUUUGAAAGCAGGGAAAACAGAACAUAUGGCAUCUUUGGAGCCAUAGAAUAUAGGACUCAGGUGGUUGCUGGAAUAAACUACUUCAUUAAGGUUUGUAUGUUUUAUAAGGGGGAUUACUUUGUAGUCAAACAAUACAGGUGACUUGCAUAGUGGCUUAUAGCAAGAAAGGGAAGCACAUGUAGAAAACCUGAUGUGACUAACAAGAAUCACCAGUAUCUCUAGCUGCUUAUAAAAUUCCUCUGUCGCUGCUCUAGAAUAGAAGUAUAAAAACUUAAACAACAUUCACUGUGCUUGUUCAGAUGUGAAUGAUAACUUUUGUAAGAUCAUCUCACCUGAAGACAGUGGAUGGCCUUAUCAGCUCAAAUGCUCUAAACUAGCCGUAACUGUGCUCUCCUGUUGCCUUCCAAGGCAAAGCAGCAGAUUUCAUAUUCCCUCUUGUGUCCUCCAGUAGUGUUUAUUAUAAUUAAUUUGAGGCCAGCCUGAGCAUCUGUUGGGCAGUUAGUCAGUU